GCCCCCAGGUACACUUCACGUGUAUCCUCGCAUUUCUCGCAUCAUCCGUGGGCCGCCAAUGGGAUUGUUGUGGCGUUGUACACUUCAUUCUCGUGGCGUGCCGUAAUAAGGCCUAUUGGCGAAGUUCCUGGAACAACGACAUCUUGCCAAGCAUGAUAUUGCACAACCGCAGCAGUGGAGAUGAAGAGCUGACAUCUGCGAUCAUGGAAGGCUGUCAGGUAGGCUAUGUUUACUGCUCUUUUGGUGGCAUGGUGGUAUAAAGUCUGGGGUUGCUGAAGGCUGAAAAGGCUAUUCUGUUGUUUCACCAGCAGACCUCAACAGCGAUCUUACUUAUCAUCAUCAUCUCACGUUUCCAUACAGAGCCGGUUUCCUACUAGCAAUCAUGCUCGUUCAUUCGCUAGUGCUGUUGAGCGCUUUCUCGUACUCCGUAUUCGCUGGCAAAGCGGGACCUCUCAAGGGAGCGCCUGGCGUUUCUCCUCGUCAGCUUCAAGAGUGCAACUCACCUGGAUGGAUUCCAGUAUGCCCUGGCGAUCUCCCAUGCAUCCCACCUACUGGUACAUGCUGCACAGGCGACUACUAUCACCUACCCGGCGAGACCUGCCCUGACGGAUACUCUGAGGUACCUCGCAUCGAUCAAAGCGACCCGCCUUCUGCUUCCAUCACACCAGCACCAUCCGCAAGCUCAAUCCCAGAUCCUGUUGUUGUCGACUACUCGUGGUACACGUACUCAUUGACAUACUACUAUACCUAUUAUUACUACUAUUACUUCGAGGCUACCUACGAGAUUACAUCCACAGAAACGACGUAUUACACCACCUUCUCACUGACAGCGUCGGAUGUGGGGGCUGCCAACUCUGCGGCCGAAUCUAUCAGUGCCUCGAUUAGUGUUGCUCUAGAGACACAGUCAGAGACGCCUACGGUUGAAGCAACACCACUACCGAGUUCGACUUUGGCCCCUGUAUCGACAUCUAGGGUUGCCUCGUCGUCAUCAAGGGCGACCACAUCUUCAGACGAUGCAACAUCCUCGGAAGCCGCUACAUCAACUACCGUUAUUGCAUCGCCUAGCACCUCCACUCCAGCAGAAUUUUCCGGCGCUGCUGCCGGCCUUCGCGUUGGAAGUGCCUCAGGCUUUGGAGAAAUGUUCUUAUUUACGAUUGGGGCUCUUGGACUAGCUCCCGGCAUGCUGAUGCUUCUUCUUUGAGCGUUGUACCACAAGGGAGCUGUGGCGUGGAAUAAUGAGUCUUUGGCAUGCGGGACUUCAGAAGACAGAGCGAUUGUGGUUUUGGGAUGCGUCGUUUUGCCUCGUUGCUUGAUACGAUCUUUCUGGCGCG